CUCAACUUGUACCGACUUAUCUGAUAAGCGUAAGGCUUAUCCGACUUCGACACAACUUUCAGUCCUGAGGAGUGUUUGCGAACCAGCGACACGCUGUCCAAGAAACGAUGGGAUCUGUAUCUCAUCACAAGAUAUCAACCCGGUUGAUCAUCUUCCUGAUGCUAGCGGCAGGAACCGGCUUCGGUCCGGGGACACCAGCCGCGGUUACAGCAAUAACCAUAACAACGACCGACCCCAUGCUAGAGGCAACCCAAACGACCAUCCCGGCGGAGGACGACCAGGUGGCGGCGGUAAGCGAAAAGACCGACCUAACAGAGGCGGAAACGAAAGACCCCAAGAAGCUGGAGAUCAUCAAGCAAAUACGAAAGUACAACACGGACGGCUCGUACACGGUGGGCUACGAGGCGGACGACGGAACGUUCAAAAUCGAAAGCCGCGAUGUGUUGGGCAACAUCAAGGGUACCUACGGAUACAUUGACGAACACGGUGAAAUUCAGCGGGUGUCAUAUAAUGCUAACAAUAGCACUGUGAUGAAGGAAACGAUGCCUGCACCCGUUACGGAAGACGUAGUCCACAUUCCAGCGAGAUUCAACAGGAGCUACAUUGGAGCACCGACGACGAGAAGACCAGCCUCGUACCACUCGAGCACUGCUACUCCGCAAAGGACGAGCGUAAUUCAGACAAUCCCUCGGAAGCGACCACACACGACUUCCACAACCGAGAAGCCAACGUCCAAGACGACCGAUACAUCGACUUCCUUUGAGCCAACAACAGCCUCUAGUCACAGCACUUCGGUUCAAACUCCAAAACCACUGCUGAUCAUCCGACCAACGCCGCUACCGUUAACACAAAAAACUCUGGAACAACUUGUGCGCCCGGAAAAGCUCGAAAGUGAGCACAUCUCGAAGAUCUACCCGAAAGCCUCCCCACUGCGCCAGAAAGAACCCGAAAAAAAACCAGUCCGGGGAAACUUCUUGCGCAGGCAGUUGCAUCAAGACUCUGAAGAGCAGUACGAAGCUCAGCAGCAAAUUAUUUACGGACAAACCGCUGGAGAAGAGAUAGCCAACCUUUUCUCUCCUCCCGAGCUGAGGUCUGUUCACACGACAACCCCAACCCCUCGGAUCCCAGCAGCAGUCCUAGCAGCUCGCCAGCGAGCCGCUCACAUCCAGAGCCUACUGUCCAGCGAACGUCCGACGACUACCACUGACCGAGUAUACGCGAAACCCCAGAGGAAACAAGAGUCUGCAGCUUACGAACCUGCUACGGAACCAUCCUCGGAGACUAGUUACGUCACAGAGAUGCCGGUUUCGGUGGUACAAAUCCCGGCGAACAGCAACAGAGAAGUGACAGAGGCGGCUGAGGAUGAACGAAGGGUCUAUCGACAGAGGCCGAUUGAAUUCCGGCCUCGGGAUGGAUACAGGUAUGGUCCGGCUCAGGAUAGACCCGAGCGAUUCCGAAUACCAUUAGGUGUUCCGCCGCCAGUUCGAGCCUACCCUGUUCCCGACCAGCAACAAUACAUCCGUGAGUCCACACAAAAUCCAGUAAACCGAGGUCCUCAAAUUGCACCGGAGAACUAUCCAGCUGACGAAGAGAUCAACAAUGUAGCCUACCGGCAACAGCGAAGGCCACAGGGUUCCCCACCAUCUGCCUACAUUCAAACGCAGCAAGAAUCUCCCACGAACAUUCCAAAUGCUCACAGUUACCCACAACAGUCAUAUCCAGUUCCUUAUGCUUACAACCCGUACCGGAACCCCUAUCAGACCCCAAUAAAUCCCUAUAAUGACUUCCCCGAACGUCCCCUGACUACUCGAGACUUCGAACGAAUUCUACAACUUCUAAUCUUCCGUCAACAGCAAAUCCAACAGCAGCAAUCAUUCCGCUUCGGAGGUUUCUCCAACCCGUUCUACGGAGGUCCCUCCAUAGCUCCGCCAUUCAUCCCCGGUGGUUUUGGUGGUGCUGGUGGUGUUGGCUAUCAAGCACAAAUCCCACGACCACCGUUCUACAACGCGGUACCAACGGGCGCCGGUUACUUCGAUCCACGCUACCAGAACCCCUUCUACAGCCCAUCCACCGGAAGUCGCCAAUUCGCUGGCCAGCAGUCCGCGGCCGAUUUACAACAGCCGGAGACUAACCAACCGUACGAUUUCGCCCGUGCCGGAGGUCCCCGGCGGCGACAGUACCUUCCCCGGGAGGAACCCUCGGACUACCAGGGCAGCCUAAGUUCCGUCCAACCCGAACAGCUCCCGGCCGAUGUGCGGGAGGAUCUCCUGUACCGGAUGUUGAUGCUUGCGAUUCAAUCUGAGAACACGCAAUCGCUGCCAUUUGGUGGUGGUGGUGGUGCAGGGGGUGGUUUCGCUGGUGGACUCCUAUCGGCCGGAUCGAUGCCCAGGCCCCAGACUACCGAGGCUACGCCCCACCGAGACGGGUACAGCAAGAAACCGGUGCGGAGUGUACAAAUCCUAGGCGAGGAGUAAGUAGCGAUGUUAUUUCUACGAACGGAAGUGUUAUGAUUUAUGCAUUGUAAGGCUUUCUCGGGUGAUCACUAUAAUGCUAGCGUUGGUUAUUUUUCUAUUUUGAGUACAUAGUAGAAUAGCGAGAUUCUUAGAUGUUAGACAGAAAUUCAAUUCCAAAGAUUUUAUUUUUAUAUAUGUUCUGUGUUGUGUCUUGUUGAAGCGAUCGACGGCUAUUUCCGUCGAAAGAAGGAAAACAGUAUUGUUUGUUAG